AAAUGAACGAAAAAUUUAGCCAUUGUAUGCCGACAUUACCUUAGGGCGAAAUGAGUGAGAAACUUGACACUUUGUAGCAUGAAUGCCUGUCAAGUGUUGUGGUGCAAGCAAGAAGUCUUCAUUGGACAUCGCUGCACUUUUGCCAGAACAUGUAAAAGGAUCCAGACUUGCUACCAAAGGGCUAGUUCAUUAUCAGCCAAGGAUGUUGUUGUUCCACCAAUGCCUGUGACAAGUUUUCAACCUGAUCCUUAUGAAGGACCAGAUUUUGAUAAAAUUCGUUCCAUACGUGCCAAUCACUUAAAUCCAGCUCUUUUCACCUACUACAAAACUCCUCUUCUUAUUCACCAAGGACACAUGCAGUGGCUAUUUGAUCAUAAUGGUGUUCGGUAUCUUGAUUUAUUUGGAGGCAUUGUUACUGUAUCUGUUGGUCAUUGUCAUCCAAAAGUAAAUGAAGCUACCAAAAAGCAGCUAGAUAAAGUUUGGCAUACAACAAACAUUUAUUUACACCCAAAAAUCCAUGAAUAUGCGGAACGACUCGUGGCCACCUUGCCAGGAGAUUUAAAGGUUGUAUAUUUUGUCAACAGCGGGUCUGAAGCCAAUGAUUUGGCCAUGAUGAUGGCACGUAUGUACACUGGUUGCUACGAUCUGAUAUCUUUUCGAAACGCUUACCAUGGAAUGAGCCCUGCUACAAACGGGCUCACAGCACAUUCCACUUGGCGGUUCAACGUUGCCGGCAAUUUCGGCAUCCAUCAGACGAUGAACGCUGAUCCUUAUAGAGGAGAAUGGGGUGGAAAACACUGUCGGGACUCUCCCGUUCAAACUACUCGCAGCUGCAAUUGCUCACCUGGACAGUGCGUUGCGUCAGGCAAAUAUGUUGAUCAACUGGAAGAAGUUUUACGCUAUUCAGCACCGAAAGGACGAGUGGGCGGCUUUUUUGCUGAAUCUAUUCAGGGAGUUGGCGGUACAGUCCAGUAUCCAAAAGGAUUUUUGAAAUCCGCUUUCAACUUAAUUAGAAAUUACGGCGGAGUUUGCAUUGCCGAUGAGGUGCAAACUGGAUUUGGACGCACCGGCGAGCAUUUCUGGGGUUUUGAGGGUCACGAUGCUAUUCCCGACAUUGUCACCAUGGCAAAAGGAAUGGGCAAUGGGUACCCGAUGGCAGCUGUCGUCACUACACCUGCCAUUGCCAAGACGAUGAGCGCAGCCUUACAUUUCAACACCUUUGGGGGAAAUCCAGUAGCUUCAACUGUUGGCAUGGCAGUUUUGGAUGCCAUCGAGGCGGACCAGACGCAGGCGAAUUGCCGCAAUGUAGGCACAUAUUUUCUUCUUGAGCUGGCCAAACUGCGUGACGAAUUUCCAAAUUUGGUUGGAGAUGUCCGCGGUAAGGGUUUGAUGAUCGGAGUUGAACUGGUCUCGGACCCGGAAACACGAGCCCCUCUCGCACCUGCUGACGUUCUCGCUAUCUGGGAGCAAUGCAAAGACAUGGGAGUUCUUUACGGCAAAGGAGGAUUCUUCGGCAACGUCUUCCGCAUUAAACCGCCCAUGUGUAUUACUAAGUCUGACGUAGACUUUGCCGUUGCCGUGUUACGAAAAUCAAUCGUUUCUUUCCUGGAAAAAUGAGAAAAAAAAUGUGUAUGCUUCAAACUUUCAUAACUGGUAAGAGAGACGUGUUUCUUUUUUUUUGUUUGUUAAGUUUAGAGUGAUUGGUUAUAAAAAAUGCAUAAAUAUGAAUUAUGUGUAUUGCCUUGGGACAUAUAACACGACUUACUCUAAAAGGGUCAUUUUUAAAUAAAUUGGUAGAAUAUCAA